AUGGAUAACGCCUCUUGGCACCAUUCCGAGAAGAUCCAGCAGAUGUGCAAAGACGCAGGAGUAGUCAUCGAGUUUCUACCACCGUACUCACCCGACUUCAACCCGAUCGAGGAGUAUUUCAGUGUGCUCAAGAAGUUCAUCAAGAAGAAUUGGCACGACAACGAAGACUUCAUAAGGAGAGAGUUCAAGAUGUUCUUGGAAUGCCUUCGGCUGAUUGCACGCCUUGCACCACUGCUCUAA